AGAAGAAGCAUCCAGAAGCAUCUGAAACCAACUCUUCAAAUCUUCUCUUCCUCAAGAAACUGAGAAAUAACAGAAAUGACUGGAGCCGCAGUGUCCAUGUGCCUACUCUUCCUCCUGUCUGUAUGUUCGGCGUGUUACAUCUCCAACUGUCCUAUCGGUGGGAAGAGGUCCAUCAUGGACGCACCGCAGCGAAAGUGCAUGUCUUGUGGCCCCGGAGACAGGGGCCGCUGCUUCGGCCCCAGCAUCUGCUGCGGGGAGGGCCUGGGCUGCCUGCUGGGGUCCCCGGAGACAGCUCACUGUGUGGAGGAGAACUACCUGCUGACCCCCUGCCAGGCGGGAGGUAGACCCUGUGGAUCUGAGGGAGGACGCUGCGCUGCUUCAGGAAUCUGCUGUGAUGCAGAGAGCUGCACCACAGACCAAUCGUGCCUCAUGGAGGAGGAAGGAGACGACCAAAGCAGCCAGUUCGAAGGCAGCGACCCCACUGACCUCUUCCUCAGGCUGCUGCAUCUGGCCGGUCACACUUCUCAUCGAGUUCACCAAUGAGCUGCUCCUGACACCCAAGCCUCACGGGAAAUGGGACUUGUUGUUGUAGUUCAAAGUUGUAGUUCUGUUUGUCAUUUUGCUCUUUCCCCUGGAGUAUGUCUGUAGAGUGCCUUUGUCACUAUAUUUUUAUGUAUGAAAAUAGGGAUGAAAACUGACAGUGGUCAUCCAGAUACUUGCAUGUUGAAAUAAAGUUUUGAGAAAGUA